AUGCCGUGGUUCCCGGUGAAGAAGAUCCGCAAGCAGAUCAAGCUGCUGCUUUUGCUGCUGCUGCUCACCUGCGCCGCGUGGCUCACGUACGUGCACCUGAGCCUGGUGCGCCAGGGCCGCGCGCUGCGCCAGCGGCUGGGCUACGGGCGAGAUGGUGAGAAGCUGAGCGGUGUGACAGAUGGCCGGGGCAUCCGGGCUGCACUGUCCACACAGAGGGCAGAGGACUCCAGCGAGAGCCAUGAGGAGGAGCGGGUGCCCGAAGGUCGGGACCCAGACGCGCUGUUUCCCGGGGGGCCUGGAAGGCCACUGCCGCUCAACCUCACCCGUCAGGCGCCCUCGUGGCGGGAGGAGUACAAGGGGCAGGUGAACCUGCACGUGUUCGAGGACUGGUGCGGGGGCGCCGUGGGCCAUCUGAGGAGGAACUUGCACUUCCCGCUCUUCCCCCAGACUCGCACCACCGUGAAGAAGCUGGCUGUGUCCCCCAAGUGGAAGAACUACGGCCUCCGGAUUUUCGGCUUCAUCCACCCGGCGAGAGAUGGAGAUGUCCAGUUCUCCGUGGCUUCGGAUGACAACUCUGAGCUCUGGCUGAGCCCAACUGAGAGCCCGGCGGGCGCCCAGCUAGUGGCCUUUGUGGGCAAGACUGGUUCAGAGUGGACGGCACCCGGAGAAUUCACCAAGUUCAGCUCCCAGGUGUCCAAGCCUAGGCGGCUCAUGGCCUCCCGGAGGUACUACUUUGAGCUACUGCACAAGCAGGACGACCGCGGCUCGGACCACGUGGAAGUGGGCUGGCGAGCCUUCCUGCCGGGUCUGAAGUUCGAGGUCAUAGGCUCUGCUCACAUCUCCCUGUACACAGAUGAGUCGGCCCUGAAGAUGGACCACGUGGCCCACGUGCCCCAGUCCCCAGCCAGCCACGCUGGGGGGCGCCUGCUGCAGGAGCCCAGAGCGGACAUGCUGCAGCCCGACCCCCGGGACACCUUCUUUCUCACGCCUCGGGUGGAGCCCCGGAGUCUGGAGAAUGUGCUGGAGCCCUGCGCCUACGCCCCCACCUACGUCGUCAAGGACUUUCCCAUCGCAAGAUACCAGGGACUGCAGUUCGUGUACCUGUCCUUCGUUUAUCCCAAUGACCGCACACGCCUGACUCACAUGGAGGCAGACAACACGUGCUUCUAUCGCGAGUCGCCGCUGUAUCUGGAAAGGUUUGGGUUCUACAAAUACAUGAAGGUGGACCGGGAGGAGGGGGAGGAAGACGAAGAGGAGGAGGUGCAGCGCCGAGCCUUCCUGUUCCUCAACCCAGACGGUGAGCGCCCCCCGCGCCGCCCACCCGCCCCCCCUCAGCUGGGCCCGCCCUCCGAGGCCCCGGCCCCCCCCGCCCUGCCAACGCCUCCCGCCCCCCUGGGCCGGCCGACCCCCCGGCGCUCGCGGGCGCUGAGCUGGGCCGCCCGACCCCUUCCCCUCUUCUGGGGCCGUGCCCCUCCCCCCCGCCCAGCAGCCGCGGCCAAGCGGCCCCCGAACGUGUAUGUCACGCGGGUGCGGCCGGGACUGCGGGCCCCGCCCCGGGCCCCGGCGCCGCCCCGCCCACGCGGCCCUCCCCGGCCACUUUUCCCUGGCGUCUUCCUGCGCCCCAGACCCCUACCCAGGGUGCGGCUGCGCGCGCGCCCACGCCCACCCCGGGCUCGAGGCCGCAGAACCGGCGGCCCCCAGGCCGCAAAGCUGAGGGCCCCGGCCCCGGCCACCCAGGGGAGCCGAGAGGGCCAGGCACGCGAGCCGGGACUCACGGCCCCCACCACGGACUCGAACUCUUCGUCCGAAGCGCAGCCCGUGACCUCCUUCCUGAGCUUGUCCCAGGUGUCCAGGCCACAGCUGCCCGGGGAGAAUGAGGAAGAGGAGGAAGGCGACGGCGAGGAAGGGGCGCAGGGCGAGGAGGCUGCGUUGGACGACAGUGAAGAGAAGGCCGGCCUGGUGCGCGGCCGCUGGCGCGAGGACGCUAUCAACUGGCAGCGCACGUUCAGCGUGGGCAACGUGGACUUCGAGAUGCUGCGCUCGGACUGGAACGACCUGCGCUGCAAUGUGUCGGGGAAUCUGCAGCUGCCGGAGGCCGAGGCCGUGGACGUGGUGGCUCAGUACAUGGAGCGGCUCAACGCGCGCCAUGGAGGGCGGUACGCUCUCCUGCGCAUUGUGAACGUGGAGAAGCGCCGGGACUCCGCGCGGGGAAGCCGUUUCCUCCUGGAGCUGGAGCUCCAGGAGCGCGGCGGGCGCCGGCUGCGCCUGUCUGAGUACGUCUUCCUGCGUUUGCCCCGGGCACGUGCUGGCGACACAGAUGGAGACGGGGAGAGUCCCGAGCCCGCUCUAGCCGCCUCCCCAGCCGCCUCCAUGCACCCGGAUGGCCGCCCAGAGCUGUGCCGGCCACUGCGCCUGGCCUGGCGCCAGGAUGUGAUGGUGCACUUCAUUGUGCCAGUGAAGAACCAGGCGCGCUGGGUGGUACAGUUCCUGGCAGACAUGGCUGCGCUGCACGUCCGUACAGGGGACUCUCGCUUCAGUGUCAUCCUGGUGGACUUUGAGAGCGAAGACAUGGAUGUGGAGAGGGCCCUCCGCGCGGCGCCACUGCCCAGAUACCAAUACCUAAGGCGAACCGGGAACUUUGAGCGCUCCGCGGGGCUGCAAGCUGGAGUGGCCGCGGUGGAGGAUGCCAGCAGCAUCGUUUUCCUCUGCGACCUGCACAUCCACUUCCCCCCCAGCAUCCUGGAUGGCAUCCGCAAGCACUGCGUGGAGGGCAAGCUGGCCUUUGCGCCUGUGGUCAUGCGGCUGGGCUGCGGGAGCUCGCCAGAGGACCCUCACGGUUACUGGGAGGUGAACGGCUUCGGCCUCUUUGGGAUCUACAAGUCCGACUUCGACCGCGUUGGAGGCAUGAACACCGAGGAGUUCCGGGACCAGUGGGGAGGCGAGGACUGGGAACUUCUGGACAGGNNCCUGCAGGCGGGGCUGGAGGUGGAGCGGCUCCGGGUGCGGAACUUCUAUCACCACUUCCACUCCAAGCGCGGGAUGUGGGGCGUCCGCAGCCACAGGGCCGCCCGCAAGGCGGCCCCCUGA